GUCUGAAUCACUCGGGAAGAAAGCCCUGCAUUCACUGCAACUUCUUCUGAUCCUGAAAAUGAAAAGAAGCAUUUUGAAGAGCUGGGUUUUUCUUUUUGUCAGGUGAGAUGAAAUGAUGGGUAUUACUGAGAAGCCCUAGAAGCAGCAGCGGUCAGCAACAAAUUGCAGGAGAGCAGCUUUCAAACUUCUAGUCACAUUCUUCUUGUUUUUCAAUGCAAUGAUAUGCUUUACAUCUGUCCUUCGUCGGCUUAUUCGUGUUCAGAUUUAGAGGCUGGUGGAGGCUGAUAAGGCAUUCGCUGAGAGAUUUUCAGAAAAAAACUCAGACAUAUAGUCAAUUUAUAGUUAUAGUUCAGAGGACACUUGCACACAGACAAAGGAAGAAACUCCAAACAGGAAACCAAGAGCUGAGAGUCACACUGAGGAUAGUUACUGUGAAAUGUCAGAAAUGCAACUCCAGGGCCAUGCACUUUAACUAUGUUAAAAAAAACACACACACAUAAAAAGAUUAUUGCUUUAUCUUCAAUCUUCCAUUAUGUUUAAAUAGACUUUUACAAGAGUGGAACCAAUUGAAAAGAUGAAAGGCGUUCUGUACUUUACUUGUCAGAAAUCAUCAUCUUGUAAUAGGAAAGAUUAUCAGUGACAUGCGUUCCCCUCUCCUCUCGGUGGCUAAUGGGCAGACUGCCUCUGACGACUUGUAGAGCCUUUCAGAGAACAUCCAGUGUGAUGUUUUUACCAAAGUGGCAAAAUAUGAUUUAUGGGCAGAGAUUUGAACCUUCAGCAUUGACGUGUGUGACGGCAAUCAGCGCUGUCAGCUGUAACACGUGUUGUGAUCACGCUACACAGUUUCUGAAAUCACUAGUGCUGAUGACUCAGUAUGUAAUCCCUUCCACAGAACAACUGCUUUCUCCUUAUAUGUAAUCUCACUAGACUUUAAGAGUUAAAUGACAUAUUCAUAGCUUUAAUAUAGUAGACUUUGCAGUCUCUGAAUGGCAUUGCUGGGAUUUUUAAAAUAUUAAAGGCAUAAUUUAUUCAAGCUCAACACUUAACCACGAGAGGUUUGAUGACUUGAAGCUUAAAUGAAGUUAAAAAGCACAUAUACAGCACACAUAAUAUCCACACAAAAAACCACUGUUGUCUUCCAAGUUAAAAGAAAAAUCAUUUUAAUCAUUUUUACCUUCAAUUAAAGUGUUUCUACGGUUUUAACUUUCUCUGCAAAUUAUUUAAUGGUCAAAGAGCACAUUUAAAAGAAGUCUUUGGAAAUGCAGCUAACAGGGAGAGGUACACAGGUAAGAUGGAAAUUUACACUCACCAGACAUUAGGUGCACCUUGCUGGUACUGGGAUGAACCCUUUUGUUUUCAUAACUGUCUUAAUUCUUUGUGGCAUUCCCGCCAAAUGGCCUAUAUUGACAGAUUUGUCUGGUGCUCUUCUUGAUUGAUUUCUGGUGCCUGGAAGCAGCCAUCAGAAGAUGGAUGCACUGCAGUCAGCAACAAUACUCGGGUAGGCUGUAGCAUCUGUGCUAAGAAGUCCAAAGUGUGCCAAGAAAACAUCUCCUACACCAUUACACCACCUGUCCGAACAGCUGAUACAAGGCAGGAUGAAUUCAUGCUUUUAUGUUGUUUUAUGACAAAUUCUGACCGUACCAUCCGAAUGUUGCAGCAGAAAAUCAAAACUCAUCGGACCAGGUAACGUUUUUAAAGUCUUCUGUGUUUUGGUUCUAAAAAGUGGUUGUUUGAUUUACUGUUUCCUUCCUAGCAGCUUGAAACAAUCUGGCCAUUCUCCUCGACCUCUGGCAUUAACAUGGCAUUUUCACUCAGAGAACUGCUGCUCACUGGAUAUUUUCUCUUUUUUUGAACCAUUCCCCGUAAACCCUGGAGAUGGUUGUGUGGAAAUAUUCCAAUAGAUCAGCAGUUUCUGAAAUACUCAGAACAGCCAACACCAGCCAGCACCGAUAACCAUGUCAUUAAAUCACCUUUGUUUGAACUUCAGCAGGCCGUCUUGCCCAUGUCUACAUAUCUAAAUGCUUGCUUAUAUGAUAGUGAGUGUAUAUUUUAACUGUAGGAUAUAUACUCUGUCCAUGCUGACAAAUCCCACAAAUGGUGUCAUCGUGUUUAGCUUCAAGGAUGAUCGUGCUGUGUUACAUCCUCAGAAAACAAUGACACCACGAAAAUAUGUGAAUAUAUCUGCAUGCCAUAGCAUUGGUCAUAUUGCUGAUGUUAGCAGGGUGGUGAUGGGAAGGCUCCAACCACACCCUCCUAAUCUGUGAGUCAACCAGCAGCACCAGGUCUCCAAGGUCACUACCAAUGAGAUUGUGAUCACCAUCUAACAGGAUAUAAUAUGUGUAGCAGAGCAAUAUAUCACAUAAUAACUUUAUUUCAAAACACCACACCAGUGGAUGGAUCACAAAGCCUGAUGAUGUCAUGAACUGAAAAUGCAAAAUAUCUUUUUUUGCUGAAAUAGCACAAUAAAGCCAUGGACUGACUGGUAUUUAUUGGCAUUAAUUAAGUAAAAUUAAAAUUUAGUGAAAAACAGUGCAGUAUGUUUAUAGGUACACAAUAUGUUUAAUUUGGCUGUAAUGUUUAAUUUCUUAGUCUGUGUUUAGUCUCUAAUGCCCGUUUCCCUUCUCAUAAUGCUCAGCUGUUCUUCUAUAAACGUUCAUCUAGAUGCAGCAGUGGUUUAAAAAAAAGAGUGUUGCCCAGGAGAAAGACUCUCAGAUUGCCUGCCUCUCUCUUAAUCGCUCACUUGCUCACUCAGCAUCCCUUUGGAAAUGCACCCCCACCCUCACACAAACACACACAAACACACACACACACAGCUGCUUUAAAAACAGCAGCAGCACUUCUGCACGGUGGGUCAAUGCUAGUAUCCCUGCACUUCUCUAAUUGAGUCCCUGAUGAGAGAUUUCCUGAGCUUGCUGUCUUUGAAUGUCGAUAGCCGUCGACUGAAGCAUCCCCGCUUGUAGUCACAGUGUCAGACUACAGUGCGCGACCUGAUUAAAAGACAUUUCCAAAACUAGGACGCGUCAUGCCUCUAAAUGUCUGGUCUCAAAGUGCAGUAUUCCCAGUUUUCCCAUUUUUAACAGUGCUGCUUUGUGACGGAUGAACUGGGAAAGGUGGGAGCCGUCUCAGAAAAAUUCAGUGAGCCUUUUUUCAUGCCUUGUCAAGAUCAUCUUUUAGUUUUGUUCUUACACAAAGGAGUUAGCCUUUUUAGCCACAAUGGAUAUCCAAGACCUUCCAAUUUGAGUAGCAUCAUCCCCAAAGUCAUGUAUAUGAUGAAGGAACCAAUUUGGAUUGUAUAACAGUGUGUAUAAUAUCUUAUAAAGUGUUAAUAUAUAUAAUAUAUUUAUCUAAAGACAUGCAUUUAGUGGGGUUAAGUUAACUGGUAAUUCUAAACUGCACAUAGGUGUGAACAUGAGUGCGAAUGGUGUCCUGUCUCUAUGUGUUAGCCCUGUGACAGGCUGGUGAUCUGUUCAAGGUGUAGCUAUGGUAGCUGGGCUCCAGUCCGAUGGAUAAUGUCAGUAACAAGCUCUUUCUCCAUAUUAACUCCAGCCUUCCAGUAUGGAAUUGUAACUGAUUCAUCUUAAUGGUGGGAGUCCUUGGUCAAGCAUAGUGCGGUUAUACACUCCAGGGUCUGUAAGUGUCUCUCAUAACAUUUUCGCCAUAGCGUAUCUGCACUUGCAUUUAAAUACUUAAGUUAAAUGAAGCAUAGAGUUUCAAUCAUCAGGACCCACUGAGUGACCUCCUCGCAGCAGCUACAGAGAAGACAUGUUCCUGCCCUUCAUUCAUUAUACUAUGAAUAAAAUCAUGGAGGCAUGAAAAGGCAGGCAGGUCAUCUGUAAUAAUGUAUCCACAGUGUAUGGCAGGAGAAAUGUCCUUCAAGAGACAAUGAAAAAUUUAUGUCUCAUAACAAUGAGACCUAAACGCAGCAGAAGCUCCGGUGCCAGAUUCAAGACUUCAGUGAGCAUUUUAACAAAUAUUCAAUUUUAGUGGGAGUGAAACAAAUUCUCUUUAAUAAAUCAAGAAAUCUCUGUAUGUGUGUGUGUGUGUGUGUGUGUGUGUGUGUGUGUGUGUGUGUGUGUGUUACACCUAUCUUUACAAUGGGUCUAUUGCUGCAGUGUCAGCUGUUAAGGUCACUGUUAUCAGACGUGGUCUCACUUCUUGGUUUGGGGUUUAAUGCAUGUUGUAAAGCAAUACAUGGCUGUCUGAAAAGAUAUAGUCAUCCUAAAAUAGUACAUCCAAAGUUGGUACAUCCAAAAUCUUAGCAUUCAGCUAAUAAGUAGCCCAGUGCAGUUUUAUAGAAUACAAGUGCAGGACACUAUACCACAAGGUCACUGGACAGUAGCCAGUGCAGGUAAGAUUUAAGUGUUUUGAAUUGUGCUAAAUGAAUGAAAUUAAAUUACUACUAAAACAGCAACAUAAAACAGAGGAACUUGAAUAUCUAAACCAUUUAUGCACCGAGGGGUCGGAUGGGUGUCACGUACCAAUUCAUUUAUCUUUGUGGUCUUCAGUGUCUGAUUAUUCACUGAGCAUUCAUCCCUGUAUGCUGACUCAUCUCCUCCUGUGAUGAACGCAACAACAGUCAACAAAUUUAAUCAUGGUGUUGGAUGUGUGGACUAGUAUGCAGCUGUAAGCAUAGAGGGAGUAGAGGACUGGAGUCAGCACACAGUCUUGAGGUGUACCAGCGUUUAGUGUAAUGGAGGAAGAGAGGUGAGGGGCCCUAUUUUGACUCUCUGUGGGUGGUCAGUGAGGAAGUCUUUGAUCCAGGUGCAGAUGAAGAUGGGGAAGCCAAAGUCUCAUAGCAAGCUGAUUAGGAUAUCAGGCAUGGUAUUGAAUGCAGAGCUAAGGUCACAUAGCUCCCUAUAGUAAUAGUAAAGUUUUUGAGAGUGCACGCAUAUGGUUGAAUGUGUGCAUGUGUCCCCAGCACAUGUGUGCCAAGUUGCAGCAUAUGUUUUUUCAAGCUUCUAUUUUUUUUUUUUUAUUUACUGAGGAUUUAAAAAUUUAGAGAUGCUAGUUUGGUCACAGCAGCAGCUCAGGUGCCGAGCUGUGCCUCUGUGUGAAUUUAAUUGUUUGAUUCUGGCAGUAUCAUGAAUUUAUUUAUUUUAAUUCUGUGAUUUUUGAUCACAUGGAGAGGCCAAAAGCAUGGUGCCACUUAGACGACGAGGUCUGUGCCUGGAGGAUAUUUACUUGUUGUGAGUUUAAACUUUAAAGACUGGAGUUGAUGUGAGUUUAAAUUGUCAUUAAGGAGCGUUAAUGUGGACUAUUUGUGGAAUUGUAUUGUUUGGAUCAGCCGUUUAUUGUCAGCUUUGGUUUGGUCUUCUUUUCUCGGGCUAUGAAGACAGGUUGGUGCAAAUAUUUUCAUUAAUGGCAUGUUAAGAGUGCAGCACUGGGAUCAGCAGUUUCCAAAGACCUGAAGGCUCAACCUGAUGGCUGGAUAGCUGCCUUAGCAAAUAAUUUGCUGUCCAGUGGGAAAAGUUUCCCACAUCUUACUGCUGAUGGCGUGGAGGUCUAAUGCCUGGUAGACCCUGCUACAUGAACCCACUUGAAGGGUGAGGGGGAUGGAGAUGGAGACGCAACCCACCAAAACAGCACAAAGAGUGCUGCUACUGCUAGGCAACCCCAUUAUCAUCCCCAGUUUAUUGCAUUUCUGUAACCAUCCAGCUGAGGUCACAGCUGUUUAAGGGACUUGUUAUUAUAUAAAAGACAGCUGAAAUCAGUGAGUCUGUUGCUUCUGUGUUUUAGACACACACUAUUAGACACACAAAUGCACUUUGACUCACUGAAACCCGCUUUGCUCACUGUAAAAGGUUUGCUGUCUGUACCUAAAAUCUGUAAUCCUGCAAUGAGCAACUAUUGUCCCCUGUAUGUGCUGAAGAGAGAAAGAGGGGAUUUUUGCAUUCAGGAGACAAGCACAUUUGAGAGGUAACUUUGUGGCUGUGUUGUCAAACAGCGUAUCGCAAAGUGUUUGCAUAUACUGUCUUGCUACAAAAAUUAAUGAACAGUAAGUUCGCUGUGCUUCGUGCUGUGUUUAAACUGAGCACAAAGUGAAACCGAAAGAAAAGAUAAUGGAAUUUCCCCAGAAUCUCACCAGACCCUGUGUCCUCUCAGAAGACCUCAGCGUUUCUUCACCUACACUAAAUGUUUUCAUCUCUUAAAGAGUCCCAAAAUUUGUACGGGAAAGGUGCCAGUUUGGAUUCAAAGCUCUGUGUUCUGUGUUUCCUCUGUUGCCCUAAAGAGCUCUAAAGAGACUUUUGUCAGGUUUUAAGUUGUCCACUCCGAAUCAUAACUCAAAACACUCAAUGACAGCCACCUGUGGCCUAACUAACACAGAUAUGCUGUGGUAGGCGUUAUCUUCACUUCCAUACACCCAGACUUCCUCUUUACACUCCGUCACAUUUUUUUCUUUACCUUCACUUUCACCGAGAAGCUGCUUUUCGUUUUAAUCGUUUAAUCUUCAUGAACAGCAAAGAUUUACUGCGAUGGAAAACCUACAGACUUCAUCUGAGGAUCUUCCGCUCUGUUUUAGAUCAUACAUCUCAUCGCAUUGCAAAUCUCAGUGCGACGGUCUUCAGUUCAGGAAAGUUUUCACUCUGCCGUAUAAAAAUGACUUCAGGAGGAAAUUCUUUGACAGCUGCAGUGUUGCUGUUAAUCAUGAUGACAGUCUUCAGUGUCCUCACUCUCUCCUGUCCUUCAGAAAUGUAUCAAGUACAAGACCUUUGCUGUCCAAAGUGUCCUGCAGGAAAUCGAGUCAAGACAGAUUGCACAGAGACUGCAAACACUUCCUGUGUGGCCUGCAAGGGUGGAACCCACAUGGAUCAGCCCAGUGGACGCAAACAGUGCAUUCACUGCACAAUCUGUGACCUAAGUUUUGGUCUGAAGGAGAACAGGACAUGCACAUCAACAUUGGAUACAGUUUGUGAACCACAGGAUGGAUUCUACUGUGUUGACCUUGCAGCUGGUAGCUGCGUGGCAGCACACAAACACAGGCAAUGUCAACCAGGAGAAUACAUCAGGCAAACAGGAACAGCCUUCAGAGACACUGAGUGCUCUGUGUGCAGCAAGGGGACAUUUUCAGAUGGAACUUUAAAGUUUUGUCGGCCACACAGACCAUGUGAGUCACUAAACCUUAAGCUGAUAAGACCAGGAAAUGCUACAACUGAUGCUCAGUGUGACGAACAAGAUGAGAAUGUGGUUCUUUCUUGGAUCAUCACUGGCUGCUUGUUACUGAUUUUAUUAAUUGUGAUACUUGUAGCUUUGUGUCUCUUUAGAAAGAAGAUUGGAUGUCUAAAACGAGGUGAAAAAAUAAUUGUACACCUAAUCAACUUGAGGAAGAAUGAAGAAAAAGAAACAGGAAUAGAACUGAAAACACUGAAUGAGACACCAGUGUGAAACUAUAUGAAGAUUAACAGAAGAGACCCCACCUGCUUGAUGCACCUAGUCGCAGUUUUUUCCUCCAGUAGUCAACCACCAUCUCUUUUUGUCUUGCUGACAUUAAGAAGGAGGUGAUUUUUACCCGACCACUCCACAAAGUUCCCCGACAGCUCCCUAUACUCCGACUCCUGCUCACCCUUAACCCGCCCAAUCACUAUAGUGAUAUCAGAGAACUUCUGCAGAUGGCAUGAUUCACUGUUGCACUGGAAAUCUGAGGUGUACAAAGUGAACAUGAAUGGAGACUGAACCGUCCCCUUUGGUGCCCAAGUAUUACUAACCACCACAUCACACAUGGUGCCUAACAUCUAUAGAAACUGAGGCCUCUCUGAUAAUGGACGGUGUAAUGUAGAGGAAUAACAGUACUGUAUAAAGCAGAUGUAAAUGGGAAAAAGCUGCAUUUAUACUUGUCAGCUAGGAAAGCUUCUAGUCCCCCGCAGUCUGUUCAGUCGUGUGAAAGCAGAACAGUAAAACAUACUCAAGUAUCAUACCAAAAACAUACCCCAAAAAAAGGCAAAUAAAUGAUAUUUUAUUAGGUUGAAGUAUAUUUCAGUGUGGAUGAUAGAAAAUGGAUAGUUUUCUCAGGUAAGAGCUAAAAUCAGAUGUAGGUGAUAUAGUCCAUUAGUAACAGGAGCUUUACAUCAUCACAUACAUUUGAAUUCAUGUGCACUGUUUUGGUGUGAUGCUGCUGUGACUGAGCUUUUUGAGUGACAGCAAAACAUGAUACCACAAUCUAAAGAAGCUGAAGAAAAUACUUUUUUAAUAUGUUAUUUAUGUAAUUCUGCGCAAUAAAGGUUCAUUUUUAUAUUAUACAGUUUAUUUCCUCUUAUUUUGGAGCACAAAGCUGUUUCAUUUCAUUAACCAUACAGAUAAAGUCACAUCAGUUUAAGGAACUUGUUAUUAAAUUAAAAACUGACAUCAGUGGGUGUAAUGUUUCUGUACUUCAUGGCAUUACUGUUAGGCACACAAGCUUUCCAUUAUGGGCUGAUCACUGUUCAGAAAUGAACAGUAAAGUUUGAAAGGGCUGAAAUGAGCAUCAGCAAUACACUGUUUGUGUGUGUGUGUGUGUGUGUGUGUGUGUGUGUGUGUAAAACAAAGUGAAACUGAAAGACAAGAGUUCAGAAUUGCUUAACCCGACAGACUUCUGUUUUUCUUCAUCUAUACUAAAUAUUUUCAUUUCUAAGAGUACCAAUAUACAUGAGAAAAGCAUCUGUUUGCUCUGUGAAGAGAUUUUAAAGAGUUAAAGCUAAUUUAAAGUUCAUUAAGACUCUCAGAAUGAGUCUGCUCCAGCUCAUCAUAGUGUAUGACAGCCACCUUUACCUCACAGAGGUCAUAUAAAACUGAAAGAACACUGUACUAAGAAAAUAUGGAGGUCCACGAGUCCCAAAAUGAAUUAAAUAAACAUAUGCUUAAACAUUCAAUCAAAUGUGGCAUUAAUCAAUUGAAUUUGGACCUAAAGAAAUAAUUGAUUAAAUGGUUCAAAUGAAAUGAAUUGAUGUUUGAUUAUUUAUACAUUUAAUUUAUUAAUUAAUUCUCAUAUUAAUUAACAAAAACAAUUAUUUAUCACCGUUGCUUCACAAUAAGAAUGUCUAGGAUUUAAAUACACCACGUGGCCGGGGCCAGUGUUUGCGUGGGCUGUCUCCAGGUACUCCCACUUCCUCCCACUAUCAUUCAGUUAGUAGGGUUAGGUUAACUGGUAAUUUUUAAUUGCCCAUAGAUGUGAAUGUGAGUGUAAAUAGUUGUUUUUGUCAUGAAACAAGCAGCUUGUCCAAGGUGUACCUUGCCUCUGGCUCUAUUACCCACCCACUGCUUCUCCAUAAGAAACCGCCCAUAUGAUGAUGAUGACGGACUGCGCAUUUGUUCUGUUCUGUAUGUUCUGCGCACUUUCGCUUUCUCCCAUAAGCUGAGCCGUUGUUUUUGAGCGCUUAAUUUUCAGGAAACGGCAAAUGUUUACUUUCCAGUACGUCUUGAACUAUUCAGCCUACGGUGCGCUGUGACGGAGACUCUGCAAACUUCGUCUUAUACCGCUGACGGCUGUACACAAAAGAGCUCACCUUAAACAAGCUGCAGGUGCAACAGGAAGUGAAGACUUUGUCAAAGAACAUCUGCAGAUGUUCUCCUGCUGUUUUAGAUCAUACAGCUCAUCGCAUUGCAAAUCUCAGUGAGACAGUCUUCAGUUCAGGAAAGUCUUCAUUCUGCCGUAUAAAAUGACUUCAGGAAGAAAUUCUUUGACAGCUGCAGUGUUGCUGAUAAUCAUGAUGAAAGUCUUCAGUGUCCUCACUGUCUUGUGUCCUUCAACAAUGUAUCAAGCACAAGACCUAUGCUGUCCAAAGUGUCCUGCAGGAAAUCGAGUCAAGACAGAUUGCACAAAGACUGCAAACACUUCCUGUGUGGCCUGCGAGGAUGGAACCCACAUGGAUCAGCCCAGUGGACUCAAACAAUGCACUCACUGCACAAUCUGUGACCUAAGUUUUGGUCUGAAGGAGAACAGGACAUGCACAUCAACAUUGGAUACAGUUUGUAAACCAGAGGAUGGAUUCUACUGUGUUGACCUUGCAGCUGGUAGCUGCGUGGCAGCACACAAACACAGGCAAUGUCAACCAGGAGAAUACAUCAAGCAAACAGGAACAGCCUUCAGAGACACUGAGUGCUCUGACUGCAGCAAUGGGACAUUUUCAGAUGGAACUUUAAAGUUUUGUUGGCCACACAGAGUAUGUGAAUCACUAAACCUCAAGCUGAUAAGACCAGGAAAUGCUACAACUGAUGCUCAGUGUGAAGAACAAGAUCAGGAUAAUGUGGUCCCAAUCAUCAUUGGCUGCUUGUUGCCGAUUUUAGUUAUUGCCAUAGUUAUAGUUAUAGUUUGGUAUGUCGAAAAAAAGAAUGUGUGUUCAAACAGAGGAGUGCCCCCAGCCAACCAGCAGAAGAAUGACGAAGGAGAAAGAAAAUCGCUGAACACUUAGCCACAAACACCAGAGUGAAACGAUUUAAAGGUCAACAGAAGAAAGUUCACCUGCAGACCUGCUGUAACUCCAGCUGGAUGCUGGGACAUCGUGUUUCCAGUGAACAGAAAACUACAAACUUUCGUGAAUCACUCCUGUCCGGACUAUUACCUGGGAACUGGACGUUAUCUGAAGACAAACUACUAGAAUCGAAGAUUCAUAAUCUUUACUGCAUCAUGAUAAACAAAUGGCUGGUAUCAUGUGAAUAGUCUGGAGUAUCUUCUAAAUCUUUCCAGUGUUUUUCUAAAGAAUUUCUUUUAAAAAAAGAAUUUUAUUAAAAAGAUUUGAACUUGAAAAAAUAUAAUGAUGAUGCUAACUCAUGAUUCAUUUGAAAUUGUAUGUCACAAUAAUUUAUGUAGUAUAUUAUUAAUAUAUAUUAUAAUAAUAUGUCAUAAUAAAGUAUAUAAGGUCUCAAAGUCCCGGCGGGUCUUUCUACAUCAGAAAAAUUUGAUUUGAUUUUUUGGAUUUUUUAUCUAAACAUGGUUUUUAAUGGAAUGCUGGAUAAGUUAACAUGUUGCUCUUUCAAGUGAAAGUACAUGUUUUAUUUUUGUUUGUUUUUUAUGGAGAUUUUCACCCCAGAUGUGUAACCUCAGUUUCAACAAAGUCGGGACACUGUGUAAAAUGUGCAUUUAAAAAUAAAGAAUGCAAUGAUUUUCACAUCUUAUAAACCCAAAUUUUAUUCACAGUAAAAUGCAGAAAAUGUAUCAAGAGCUUAAACUGAGGUGUUUAUCAUUUAGUGAAAAAUACUAGCUCAUUUUGAAUUUUAUACCAGCACAUCUCCAAAAAGUUGUGAAGAGGGAAACAAAAGGCUGACGAAAAAGAAGACUCGGUUUAUGUUUGUCUCUACAGUAUCCAACGUGGUUAACCACAAAUAUUAAAUAUUUAUUUAAUGCAAUGAAACCAUGAUC